UGUUUACGUUUAGCAGAAAAUCAAUCCGCAAUUCCGCGCAGUGCCCGCAAUGGUCCUUUUCCGUUUUUAAGUUUUCGUUCAUAUUCUGAUUGUGGGGAUGAGUGUGGUCCAGUCUAACAUCUCCACCACGAUCCGGAGUUUCAAUAUUUCCGAUGAUAUCCGGAUCGAGGUGAAAAAGUUCCGAACCGAUGCCGGAAUCGAGGAGAUCGACAUCGAAGACGAUGAGGAUGAUAUCUCCGUUAUCCAAAAGAUCCAUAAAACCUUUGCCGAUCCGGGUGCCACCGAUUUCGAUCCGGAAACGCUGAAAUCGAUCAUCGUCCGACUGGACGAAAUCGAGAAAAAUCUGGAAAACAUUAUCUAUAUGAAUGCCCAGGCCGACAGCCUGAACGCCAUGCACAUGAACGGAUUGAUCAAUCGGCAGUUCAUAACGGCUAGCCCGGCCCAGCUAGCUCAGCUAGCUGCAGUCCAAGCCCAACAGCAGCAGCAGCAACAACAACAACAGCAGGAAGUCCUAGAAGAGGAAGCAAUGAUACAGGAUGAAAUCGUUGAUGAGAUACAACUGGAGAUGGAUUCGGACGAGAACGAUUUGAUCGGGGAGUUUAUCGAGCAAGAUGAGCUAAAACUGGUGGAGUUUCCCAUCAACCAGGUCGAUGACCUGAGGGAAUUGGAGGAAUCGAUUGUGAGCGACCAGGAAUCGUUGGUUUCAUUUGUGAACUUUCUGGGAACGACCAUUCAGAAACAUAAUCGCAAUCUAGAACCGAUUUUGAAGGAUUUCGUCACCGAAAGCUUGAUCAGUGAGCUAGGAUUUAACGAUGGCGAAAUCAACAUGAUGUCUUUCUAUAUAUUCAACCAACUUCUGUUCGAUGUUUGGAAGAACGACUACUCGACUAUGAACGACUAUCGGAAUCAGCUGAGGAAAAUUUCCAACAAAAUUCAGAAUCGUGCUCGUGCAGCGGCAAGAACGAGAAUUAGGCAGUGAAGUACCUAUUUAUAAACGUGUUAGAGCAUUGAAGCGAAAUAAAAGUUUUUCUAGAGAACGUUUCAAUUUAAACCGAGAAUAGAGGAAAUCAACAAUAGUGAUUCGAUAAGUCGUCGAUCUUCGAUUUAAAUUUUUGAUUCUGGAGUGAUUCAUCAUCCUCGGUUCUUGUUUUUGUUCAGCACUUAUUUUUUUUAAAUUUUCUGCAUUUUUUUAAAUUUUGAAAUUUUAUUUUCUUUUUAUGAAUACGAGAAUAAAAAAUAUUAAAUUAAGAAAAAGGAUUCAAAAGUUAUCUAAAUUGAGUACCUAUUAUAUUGCAUAAAUGCAAACAUUAGCGGUGCGUGCCAGCCUUAUAGAUAGAUUUUUUGCAACUUGUCUCCUAUUUAGAAAAUAUAUACAAUUGACAUUA